AUGCACCUGGGCAGGCGGAACAAGCCGCGUCGCGCUAGUGCCGGGCAGCUUAGUAACCGCCUCCGCGCCCCCGUCACUCUUCCCGCCCAGGCGUCACCUACGCCAGACCACCAGCUCGUCGCAAACACCAGCACCAUGGCCACCGACAACACCAAGUACUAUGAGCUCUACCGCCGAAGCAGUCUGGGCGGCUCCCUCACAGACACGCUCGACAACCUCAUUACCGAGCGCCGCAUAGAGCCCCAGCUCGCCAUGAAGAUCCUCUUGAACUUCGACAAGGCCGUCGCCGAUGUGCUCUCGGAGAAGGUCAAGUCGCGCUUGACAUUCAAGGGACAUCUCGACACCUACCGCUUCUGCGACGACGUAUGGACCUUCAUCAUCAAGGACAUCAACUUCAAGCUGGACAACACGCACCAAGUCCACGCCGACCGUGUCAAGAUUACGGCUGCGACCAUGUCUCUUCCGCAAACUAAAUCAGCCUGGCUGAUGCUUGCCAUCACCAGUGGCGCAUGUGCAGCUUGCAAUGGUGUCUUCGCGAAGCUCACUACAACAGAGCUCACAGCCUCCUGGUCAAGCUCCAUAGCCCUCGCAUUCGGGCUGAGUGCUUCUAACAAGAUUGUUGAAUAUGCGAUACGAGGUCUCUUUUUCGGCAUGAACCUCCUCUUCAAUGCCAUCAUGUGGGGUCUCUUCACACGUGCCCUUACCCUUGCUUCCUCCACCGUACGCGUCAGCAUCAUAAAUACAUCUGCCAACUUCAUCGUCACCGCCGUCCUCGGCUUCAUCAUCUUCAACGAAAGCUUACCGGGACUGUGGUGGCUGGGUGCAGCAAUGCUAGUAGCUGGAAGCGUGAUUAUCGGAAUGAGGGAAGAGACGGAAAAGAAGAGUGUGGUAGCUACAACAGGGGAGGCCCCGCUUCUCGACCGCGACGGCGAUGCGAACGCCGAGGGCUUUAGGGACGACGAUGAUGAAGACGAGGAUAGAGUCGAACUCAACAGUGUGAAGAACACAGGAGGGGACAGUAGCGAUGAAGAUGGCGUGUUGAACUGUGGACUUCCAGUCCCAAUCCCAAUUCCAGCCACAGCAGUACUUUGGCCACAAAAGCACCCCGGGUAUCAGCCGUUUCCUAUCUUCAACGGCUACACACAAGCCUACGAAUACCACGCUACUCCACCUCCUUACUCGACACAGACCCAAGGUGCUGCUUCUUGGCACCCUCAGCAGGAUAAUCAUGUCAGCUACACUGUCAACCCGAAUGAACCUUUUGCAGAUCAGUUUAUAGAGCUUCAAGGUGUGCGAAAUGGUUACGUCCCAGGCCAGAACACAUGGUACCACUAUGGCAAUGGGAAUUACAUCAACAACUACAACAACGACGUUCCCAAGAAAAGUACAAAGAAGAACAAGCGCAAGAAGAACAGUAGGUUCAACAAGGUACGAGACCGCGCUGUGGAGCAGAUGGGGGAGUCUGCCACUCAGGCCGAGCCCAAGCCCAAAAACGAAACCAAGAAACAAAAGGCAGAGCAGCAGAAUGAGCCCAAGAACAAGACCAAGAUCAAGGCUGAUGUCGAAUCUGAGGCCAAGGUCACGAGCAUUAUCGGUGGAUAA